GAGCAUUCGCCGACCCCUUGUCUGCUUCGCUCUCCCACACAUCACCGACAUCUUCAGGUCACAGUAGUCAAGACGAAGCGGACGUUGCGGUGUGUGCGAGGUGAGAGCUGAAAAAAGCGGUGGUAGGCUGUCUUCUCUAACUGUGUGUGUUGCGUAUACAGGUACCGGCAUAUAUAUAUGCUUCGGCGCUGGGAUUCGGACGGCACAACUUCAAGUAUAUUUGUAAUUUAGACUGGUGAGACACAAUUCGUGUUUUGCAUCUCAUAAAGGAAACACACAUUAAGAAAAACGAAGCUAAGUCUCUUUGGAUUUCUUUUACGGGUCUACGUUCGCGCGCGGGCCGUGUCUUUCUUCUGUUUACUUCCUUUCUUUUUUUCAUCAACUGCGAAAGGGACGUGCUUCAUCCCACGCGCUCACGUGCCCACCCGCAAGCCUUAACACAUUUAUUGAUUUAUUUGUAAUUUUUCUUUAUUAGCAUUUGGCGUUUUUUUUCCUCCUUUUUUGUUUUCUCUGGCGCGGUAUGUGUAUGUGUGUGCUGGUGUACGUCAGUCUUCCAAACCCGCAUAAAAGGAGUCAGGGCACCCCGCACGUUGCUACUUGGAUAAGACAAUCAAAACAAACAAAACAAGAAAGGCGACAAGGGCUUGCCUUUUCUCUGCUUUUAUCUUCUCUUUGCCCCCUCCCCUUUUUUUCUUCUUCUGCUGCCGAGGAACGAGCUGUGGAGACACGUACGAAGAGAGCGGCAGUCUCUCCUUGAAAUUCCAUCAAAAAAGGAAAGAAGAGAAGAGUAAAGAAAAAUAAUAACGUUUUUUUUUUGCUUUUGCUGUUUGUAUAUUACUCUACUGGAUCGACGAGAAACAAAGCAAGACAGCAUUCAUUUUUUUAAGACUUUUUUUCUCUUCUCUCUCCCUUUUUGUUUCUUUCUUCUUUUGUGAAAUUCUACUGUGUGCAGCUUCUUCCACUUCCUUUUUUUUGUUUUCGUUAAAUCGGAAAAUCUGUUGUUUGCUUUUGUUUCUCUUUUCCAUUUUCCUUUUUUUUAUUCAGCUUCGCUUCCUUCCUUCCUGCGACAAACUCAUAAGUCACCCGUGGGAACGUUUACGCCUCACACAACGAUACACUUUACGUAAAAAAAGAAAAAGGAUAGGAAAGGUUAAGAGAAAAGCGCUCUAUCAUUUGUUCACUCCCCUUCUUUUUGUUUUUAGUUCUCUCCCUUUCAAACGUUUGCUUCUUGGUUUUCUCGAGAAGCCGCUCUUUCUCUCUCUUUCCUUUUUUGACCUAUUCAGAACACUUUACUUUCAUUUUAUAAAAGUCGACGUCUUCACCAUAAGCGGCUUUUAAUUUUUUUUCCCCCUUUUCCUUUUGUUGACGGGUAUUUUCGCUUGUGGUAGUUGUGAUCUUGUCGUGCCCUUUUGACAAGUUUAAUUGACCUUCGCAGCUGGGGAUUGAACUGAUAGCGGUGCUACGUUAACCUCCUCUAUCUUUGCAUUUAUUGUUAUAUAUUCUCUCCGCUUUCUGUAGUUCCUUUCGCUUCUUUUUUUCUUCUCCGCAGCAGCGCUUCUGGCGGGGUGUAUUUUCCCUCAUUUUUUUUAAUUUAUUUCUUCGUGUCUGUGUGUGUGUGUGUCUCAGCUUUUGCGUAUUCAUUUUCAUUCUGCUAUAUUACGCGUUUUGCUGACGAGACGUGGAAAUCUGUUGUUAUGAUUUAUUUCCUUGUCCUUCUUGACUUUUCCCCUAUUUCCUUUGUUUUUGAUUUAUUGAUUAAAACCACUUUUUAAGCCUUUUGAAGAACUGUUAUUUAGCUGCUGCUACUUCUUUUUCGUCUUCUUUGUUUCUUGCUUCUCUCUGCGUUGGCGGAUACAUAUUUUUUUUUGUACUACCACAUCUGGGCGAUUACUUGCUUGCCAGCUCUUCAGAGUGAGAGCUGCGCAGAGAAGUGUACGGUGGGACUUGCUGCUUCACCACCGCCGACCAACGAAAUCGAGGUGUGGGGACGUACACCACCGUCGCUGCACUCAACGCUGCAGCAACGUCGUCCAGCACGACUUCUAUUUCUGCCUCGCCGCAGCGAUUCAUGGGUUCCUCGCCGCUACCACUGGGCGAAGAAACAGCAGCGAAACCACAGCACCGUGCGGAGACCAUGAGCAGCGCGAGUGAUGGCUCCGUAGUCGCUGUAGCAGGGCCGUCGCCGCUGGUGUCGAACGAGGUGGAGCAAAACGAUCGCGACGCCAAUGGUCGGAGUGAAAGCCGGCAGGCUGCCCCACCUGCUUGUCUGCGCUCCCCGCACCGCGAACGUGACGGCAGCUGGAACGCGGGGGUGAACUCAAAGGACCGCACAGCGCUGCCACGACCAGGGGCCGGAGUGUCGUUGCUCCCACUAUUACCCACCGUCGUGAACGCCGCAAAGGAGGCGUCUGCCACAGACGUGCAGGGCUCAUCCCACCACCUAUUGAUCCCGCCGACGACCUCGUUGUCCACAGCCACAGAGCAGCUGUCGGCGUCGUCCGACCACAGAGCGCGGCGUCAGCAGCUGUCGUUAAUGAGCAGCUCCCGUGACCUCGCCGCACACGUCUCUGGGCUGAAUAACUCGGACGGCUCCUUCACCCUCUCCCCGAAGCGCAGCACGCGAGACAUCUCGUCCACCGGCUUGCGCGGCCCGAUCCCGGAGAACGCCCAAAUAGCCGCGGCUGCGCAGUCGCCCAUGUCACACAGUGGUGACGUGCGUCUCCACCCGGCCGCGAGCGCAACAUCCGGUGCGAACGCAUCACACACCGCGGCUGAGACCCUCCGCGACGGCGGAGCAAAGGAGCCGCUUCCUCUGCUGACUCGCUCUCUCGUCUCCUCCUCCGGCGCGCAGGGCCGCCGCCUGACCGGCGAGCUCUUAGACGCUGACGUAAAUGCUGCUGCAGAUGCGGUUGCGACUCUCCCCGCGCCACGUUCAUCCUCCAUGAGCUCGAUGCACCGCGAUGAUGACGGCCUGCAACAGCAGCGGCAUGCGGUGGUCGUGGAAGAGGUACGUGCCGUGUUCCAGCCCCCACCCACCGGACCGUCCGUCGCAUCGCCGCCGCCGCCGUCGAAUGGCAGUAACAUCGAAGACGCGUACCGCUGCUUUGCGCCGUGCUCCAUCACCCCCGGCCCCGAAGGCAGCGACAACAACUCCCGCCAGCAGACGAGCCGCUUCGCCGACGAGGACAACGACACCGGCGAAAAUCAGCCGACGUUCGCGCUGUGCCCAACGGAGGCGGAGGAGGUCACCUUUUCCAUGGUGCCGGUGCUCCCGACAGAGGCCGGCCUCCACGGGGACUUGCCGUCUGUGUCAGGGAUGGCCACCGGACCGGGCAACUCCCACACGUCGCUGCAGACCCCCGAUGCGCGGACGGUGGUCUCGGCAACGGGCAGCGCGGUGGUGUCGGGCAUCUUUCCCCCCUGCGUCGGCGGCAGCAGCGGCGCUGUGGUCGACGCAGCACGACGCAACUCGAGCAGCAUCAUGAAGAACGGCAGCGGCGAUCAGGACUACGCCGCCGCCGCGACCGCCGCGCGAGGCGCCACGGAGGCGCGACGGGCCAGCGACUCCUUUACAGAGGCCGUCGACCCCAAAGCAGCGAAGCGACACCUGAAGAAGGAAAAGAAGGUCAAGAAGGUCAAGAAGGCCAAGAAGGAGAAGCAACAACUGUCAAAAGAGGCCACAGUGGGCGCUGGUGCUGCCGCUGCGGCUGCGGUGGCGGCCCACCGCUCCGACAGCGAGAUGCAACGGAAGCGGCAGCGCAAGAAGCAGGAGAAGCGGGAGAAGAUGAAGAACCUGUCCACCGAGGAGCAGCGCCGGUACAAGGCCGAUCAUCAGCGACGGCGUGCGGCGAAAGUAGCGCAGCGCUGCUCGAAUGGCGCGUCGCCCGCGCCGGAGGCGGGUGCCGUGGGCGCAAUGGUCCAACCGCCGCCGCAGCAGCACGCCGGCGACGCCCUGCGCUCCCUGUCGACUGCGUCGCCACCUCCGUCGAAACCGCACGACGUAGGCGCGGCGGCUUGUGAAGGCGGCCCUGCCCUUGUCCCGCUGGACGCCGCCCAUCCACCCCUCUCUCUCACACCCGAACCGCCGAACUUGGACGAAGGCGACAACGGCAGCGCCAACGGCGACACCCCGAGUGCGGUGCUGGACAUGGUGCAGUCCAUGCCGCAGCUGGCGAACACGAUGCGACACUCCGGCGACGACCGCACAGGCGGGACGCCGCUGCUCCACGCGCUGCGGCAGAUACGCCGUUGCACGAGUGCCCAGGGCCCGUCGGUGCCCCUCGCGAUGCUCUCCGCCACCCCGCCUCACGGCUCGACCAGCGCCCCGCGCAACUUCCGGCGCCGCUUUUCGAGCGAGGGACCCCUCAACGCGACCCCGCCGUACCGCGCCGGCGGCUUUCUGUGCCUACCGGUGAAUGAGGACGCGGCAGGACUGCAGCAGGAUCAACAGCAGCUGGUGGAGCUGCAAUCAAAUAAUCCCGGAGGCGCGACGAACGUGUGUGAAAGCGAAGAAGGCGCGGCGGUAGGUAGCGGUGCGGAGGAAUGCCAGAUGCAGGCCCGUCAAACGGUGCCCGGCGGCGUGGCGUCGGACACGGCGCCGCCGUUCAUUUUCCCGCGCCCGCCCUCCUCCGCCGCCGGCUCCGGCACGAUUGCAAUUUUGGAACUGAAGAACCAGCACCAGGACCACGUGCAACCGCAGCAGCGACCGCUGCAAGAGGAGCGGCGCGCCACCACUCCCUCCCUCCACGGUCUCGUAGAGAGCACCAACGAGCACUCCGACGAUCCUCGCAGCGUCGGCGACAGUAUUGCUGGCGCAGGGGCGACGAUGCGGCCGUCAGCCGAGCUGCCGAACGUGCGAGUCUGUGCAGCAUCGAGCGUCUCGUCGCACGCGGCUCCGCCGGCAACGGCGUCAUGUGCGGCGGAUGACCAACGGGGCGUACGGGAAGAGGCGAUGUACUCUGCAAAGAAGAACAGCGACGAUGACGGGAGCAGUGCAGGGACGCCUCAACAACAACAGCUGCGGCAACAGCGCAGUGAUAUACGGGAAGUCGAAUCGCUGUCGUACUACUCCUCCGUCGCCUCCUGCUCCUACAGUCACUCGCGGGGUGGCAGCGCGCACCGCCACGACGACCACCGCGAGGGACGCCGCAGCGUCGCCGAGGCCCGUGCAAACUACGCCGCCGCCGUCGCCGCCGCAGCGAAGAGCAAGAAGAUUAAUGCACCUAGCAGCAAUGGACUGCGCAGACCCUCCUCACCCGCUUCGUCGUGCAUGUCCCUCCGCAGCCGCAGUCGCGACGACGAAAGCGACGUUUGUGGCAGCUCGUCGUACAGCUACAGCUAUUCGAGCAGCACCGGUGGCAGCAGCACGAGCAGCACUGGGAGCGUCAUGGCCGAGACGCUGCCCUUAAAAGAAGGCUGCUCCACCGCCCCACCAGCUGCCGCCUUUCACGACCUCAAAUACCGGUGCGGCUGUGUGUCACAGCUGCAGGCCUACGCCGAGACUGCCGUGAUUCACGAGUGGGACCUCACCGAGGGCUGCUGGGGCAGCGUGGAUACGUCCGUGGUGCUGAACCCGCAGCCCUUCGCGAAGGGUAACAUGCGGGCCUCGUACUACAUGAUCGACAUGCGCCGCCUCAACUGCAUGUUGGUGGCGAAGCGCUACCUGAAAUCGUCCGUGGCGGAGGACCAGUACUUCGAUGAUGUGUCGAUGCAUAGCAUCUCCGGCCACUGGGCACGGCUCUUCAACGCGAUGCAUCCCCCGAAGAAGGUGCGUUUUGUCCCUGCCGCCGUCCUCGUCUUGCCACGGCACAGCCCGCCGCUGGUCCUCGCGAUGGAGCCGCUGCUGACGGGCAAGUUCGUGAAGUACAACAACAACUGCGGCUACGUGCGCCGCAACGCGCGGUGGACCCCGCAGGCGUUCUCCCACUUCACCUACCAAGCCAGCAACCACGCGCUGAUGGUGGUCGACAUCCAGGGUGUCGAUGACUACUACACCGAUCCGCAGAUCUUGAGCCCGGACGGGGAGGGCUACGGGCGUGGGAACUUAGGCAAGAAGGGUAUUCGGCGCUUCUUGGAGAGCCACAAGUGCAACGACGUCUGCCGCGCCGUCGGCCUCCUCCCGCUGCGGCGCAACUCAAAAGGGGCCGUCGUCGCACCGUUGAUGGCGGCAAAGAACGCCAACGGCGGCUCUCUCCCCGCCUCCGCCGGCGCGCAGGAGCGACUCGUCGCGGCGUCCUCCUCCUCCGGCGUGAAGGACGAACGACUGCCACCGAAGAUCCACACCUUGUCGCAGCAGGGCCUGGCGAACAGCUCUCACGGAGGUGAUCGGAGUCCGCUGAUCAGCGGCGGACCGUGCACCCCCAACUGUGGAACAAGCGCCGGCAUGCAGACGCAGGUGGGCGGCCUCGCGGACGGCUCUCGCACUGGCAGUGAGGCCGGCAAAUACGCCUCCCCACCACCGCUGUCGUGGCACCACCACAGUAGCAACAACAACACCUCGUAUAACCACAGCAGCGGGCUCACCUCACCGAACCCAGCCGCGGCGCUGAUGGGGCCGAGUGGGUACCUCCACAACGGCAACGGCGGGGCGGCGGUGGCGGGCGGCGCUGCUGGCCUGAUGCACCACAUGAACGGUGGUGGUGGUGGAAGUGGCGGGAUGGUGGGGGCACCCGCCCUCGGUUACAGCGUGAAGUACGUGCCCUACCCCCGCCACGCCAUGGUGCGACCACAAAGUCAGUACUUCACGUCGACGAUUGCGGGGGGUUUAAUGGCGGUGCCGUCCAGCGCAAACAGCCCCGGCGCACUCCCUACCCCGUCAUCGCCGGCGCUCUACCUGACAAGCGGGAUGUCAGGCCCGUCGCAGCAGCAGCAGCAGCAACAGCAAUCGUCACAGCAGCAGCACAGUCCCGCCACACUGACUGGUCAAGCAGGUGCCGGUGGCGUUGGAUCCGCGGCGGUGCCACUGCUGCGACCGCCCACGAUGGGUCGGGCUGGCGGCGGUGCUGGCUGCGGCUAUCCAGCAAGCCCGCCGAACAUCACCGGCAGCGACGGCUUCACCAGCGUCUCCCCGCAGAUGACGAACUCGAUGCGGUUGGAGUCGAGUUUGCACCCGCACCCGCCCAAGUCCCGUCUCUCCUCGGUGGGUGGCCUCUCCGUCGGUGCACCGAUGACAUUGAGUCUGAGCGGAGGCGUGCAAAACGUGUCGCGGACCAACUCGUUCAUUGUCAUGAAUCCAGUGGUGCAGAUGACGCCGGAGAUGCCGAUGACGGGGGGAUCGCACCCGCGGCGGCAGUCUUUCACCCGCCGUCCGGUCUUCUCCGCGGUUGAGGAGGGCGCCCGGAUCAAGACAGGGCGUCACUCGCGUCGUUAA